GUCAGUUUAAUAACCGGAUCGUAGAAAACUUACGCAACGGAUAACUGUGAUAGUAUAGUUAACAAUGGGUCCUAAAGUUGAUCCAGAAACUCAAAGUUUGCGAAAAGAAUUGGAGGAUUUGUACAAGAAAAUACAGGAAUCUCAGCAACAAUGUGCCGACACGACCCUAGAAAGCGCGUGUGAAUCGGCAGAAAACGUACCGCCAAUCAAAUUGGUCACCAGAAAAAUGAUGAAAGGACAUUUGAACAAAGUCAAUUCGGUACACUACAGCGGAGACAGUAGACAUUGCGUCACUGGAUCGCUGGAUGGCAAACUCAUCAUUUGGGACACUUACACUGGAAACAAAGUGCAAAUUAUACCGUUGAGAUCUGCUUGGGUAAUGAGCGUCACCUUUGCAGUGUCUGGAAAUUUUGUCGCUUGUGGUGGUAUGGACAACAUGUGCACAAUCUACGACCUAAACAACAGAGACGCAUCAGGAGUAGCUAAAAUGUCCAGAGAAUUAGCCGGUUAUGAUGGUUUUCUGAGUUCAUGCAGAUUUUUGGAUGAUACAUCUAUAAUAACUGGUUCAGGAGACAUGAAAAUAUGUAAAUGGGAUUUGGAAACUGGUAGAAAAACUACGGACGUAUCAGCACACAACGGCGACGUUGUUUCCAUAAGUUUAUCAUUAGACGGCAACAGUUUUGUUACAGGAAGUGUCGAUAAAACCUGCAUGUUGUGGGACGUAAGGGACAUGAAACCCAAACAAGUGUUUUUUGGACAUACUGCUGAUGUUAAUUCUGUUUGUUUUCAUCCUAGUGGUUACGCCUUCGCCACCGGCUCAGAAGAUAAAUCGGCGCGUAUGUUUGAUAUCAGAGCGGAUCAGCAAAUAUCUCACUACAAACCGCCCUCAGAAAAAAGUGGAUUUACUUCUUGUGGUUUGUCUGUAAGUGGCAGGAUAAUCUUAUGCGGGUCUGACGAUAAUAAUGUUCACAUGUGGGAUACGUUGAAAGGAACUCAUAAUGGUUUGUUAUCUGGGCAUGAAAACCGAGUAACGUCACUAUCUGUAGCUCCAAAUGGUAUUGGCAUAGCGACUUGUAGCUGGGAUCAGAACGUUAGAGUAUGGGGAUAAAAUUAAAAUCGAUUCUUCUUUGAAACAUACCCAAAUAUUAAGCAAACUAUUUAUUGACCAAAUAAAUAUACUUAAACUAGCUUAAAAUAAUACUUAUGUGUCAAAUGAAAGCUUGAAAACCUAAAUUUUUUUGUAUCUUAUUUAUGUAAAAUUAUUAUAAAUCACGUAUGUUUAAAAUAAAAUUUAAAAUAUAGGCGUUUCAAUGUAUUUUGUAUAUUAUGAUGCAACUUGAUCAAUGAGGUAUAUCAGGAUGAUGCGAUAAACGUUCCUUUUGGUGAGUAUCUGGAACAUUUAUUUUGACACAAGCUUAAUCUAGAAGUUAUCUAUUAUCUAUGGACGCAAAAUACUUACUACAAGUGUUUGAUGAACUUACAUGUCUGCAUUCUUGCUUGCAAUUUUUGAACCUUCACAUCACUUGUUAAAUACAAGGGUGUUGUAAUUACUAAUAACUGAUACAGUACAUUUUGUAACGCAAUGUUAGAUACAGAUCACGUACAGAUUAAUAUAAUCUAUAGAUUAUGGAAAUAAAGUUAAAAUUCAGGGCAAAAAAUUACAUGUAAUGCCCUUAUAAUUACAUAUCCUCAGUGAAGAUUUUCUCUCAAACUAAAAAGCAUAGGUAUUGAACAAAUAUAAAUUUGUCAAACAAGCAGUAAAUUGCACUAAAAUAAUAACAUAAAAUACAUAUAAAAGAAAACAGUUUAAUUUACACCAAAAAUGUAGAAUAAUUUUUGCACAAAGUGUAAACACUUCCACCAAAUUAUUUCUCUUGACUAGACUAAAAAUCACAGUAAAAAAAAAGUACCAACCAUCAAGUACCUAUUUAAUUUGCAGCAAUAGGGAAUUCAAAACUAUUGCUCCCGAUUCUUUUGUACUCCAUUCGACCAAGUCGGAUGAUUCCCGAGUAACCGAAUAAGCACCAGGCUUCACGUAUAACUGAAACGCUGAGUAAGCCUUUUUGUUGCUCCCAUUGUCGUAGGGCGUCGAUGAGCAAUUUUCUAUUGACGGAUAAAACACGACUUGCACGUCGUCGCCUUUUUGACCAGUAAAAUUACACCAUUGCGAUUGACC